GAUUACCUAUUAUCUCAAUCUCAAAGUCAGCUCAAGUCACAACAACCUUGGUCUCCAAAACAAGCAAAUCACAAGCCAACCUUUUGCACAUCAAACUUUGGUCGGCCUCCGGAUAAUCUACAUUACCUUUUCCAUACUAUUAUCUCAAAAAGCGUGUAAAUCUCGCCCUUCAAGUCAUAAACAUGUUCUUCCUCAAUUUACUGACAUUUGGACUCGCGGGAAAGCUCGGAAGACUUACUCACUAUGCAUUCGAUGCUGUCCUACUCUCAGCAUUCUUGGCUGGCAUGAAGAGAUCAACUGGUUUAACACCCAGCCUUAAGAAAGAUGUCACCGAAAACAAAGAGAUCAACGGUUGGAUCGAGAAAUAUCUUGGGGUUGGUGAAUGGGUUAUGGAUACAUCGGUAGCCUUUGCAGGCUCAUCCGGCUUCUUUGAGAGAAAGAGAUGAUUGCGGCCUUCGAUGCGGAUAUGCGAAGAAGAGUACGUGCAUCUCGGAUGCGCGGAGGGAAUGAAUUCACGGCAGAUAUCUUGCGAUUUGGAGAACGAUCGAUAGGGGUCGAAAUCCCAUGGAGUUUUGGGCGUUUUGCAAGGAUAUAUCCGCUUGAAGGUGGCGGUAUAACGACAAUAUGGUUAAGGGUGACGGGAGGUACUCUCUUAUCCAAGAGUUAGGAUACUUUUGCGGGCAAUGGAAGGAAAUGAAAAUGUAGCCAGAUACAGAAGAUGUACUGCGAACUAUGUAUAUUUUUCUUCAGAGCGCAUCUCCACAUCUUGAUACCCAUCUUCCGAAGGGCCAGCCGAAAAGACCCGAAAUCGAGUUUUCCUUCUAGACUUUAAAUAUAUCCUUCUCUGUCCCCUUUCUA